UACUACCACUGACUGAUUAUUAUCAGCCCCCAUCUGAACAUAAACAUAUACUUGAAAAAAGCAUGAAAAUCACAGCUUGUAUGAUUGGGGUUGCUCUUCUUGUUGCUAUUGUUUUCUCCAUUGUAAGAUUUUAUUGGCGCCGCAGCAAUUCCAGGAGGAGGAGUAGUUCUUUACCAAUUUUGUUUGAUACCCAACACGAUUUUCUUGAUGAAGAUCAUGGACCUGUUCUUGAUCAUCCCAUUUGGUACAUCCACACUGUUGGGCUCCCGCAAUCUGUAAUUGACUCCAUAACAGUCUGCAAGUAUAAAAAAGAUGAGGGUUUGAUUGAAGGAACAGAUUGUUCUGUUUGCUUGAGUGAGUUUGAAGAAGAUGAGAGUCUUAGGCUUUUGCCCAAGUGCAGUCAUGCCUUCCACAUCCCUUGUAUUGAUACCUGGUUGAGAUCACAUAAAAAUUGCCCUCUUUGCCGCGCUCCAAUUGUUUGUGACAUUGCUAGGGCUCAAGAAAGUGUCCCUGAGCCUAUUUCGAGGGAUUCAGCUUCGAGGGAAAGCAUUGAGGUAGAGAAUUUGGAGAAUAAUGGAAGGGUUGGAAGCCUUGGAAGUGGGACAAGUGAGGUUGGGAUUGCAGAUGAUGAGAAUGUUUUUGCAAUUCCAACUGAGGGAAGAACUGCUGAAAAUUCAGGAAAGGUUUUGCCAAGUUCUACUGUGGCUGCUGGUAGUCGUGAUCCAAGAGCAUUAAGUGAUUUGACUGACAAUCGUCGUGUUACUGAAGAGGACAUACAACCAAUUAGGAGGUCAGUUUCGAUGGAUUCGUCAUCUGCUUCGCGAAUAUACCGUGAUGUGGCCAAUGUCAUUCCUGAAGAAGGAAGUUCAAAAUCCCAAUUAGUACAUGUUAAGAAUCCGAAUUCGGGGAUUGUUUCCAAGUAUGGCAGUUCAAGUUCUAGCCUAGCCAAGCUAAUGAGGAGUUCUUCAAUUGGGUUUUCUCUGCAGAUGGGGCCAAUAUCAAUGAAAAGGCCUUUCUCAUCUGGCAGGAAGUUUUUCUCACCCAAACAUGGAAGGAGUCAGAGCUCAAUCCUUCCCUCAUGAAGAUUUGGUUAGCCUUUUUUAUGUCUCAAGUUUCAAGUCAGUUCCAAGUAAAAUCAUGGAAUAUAUAUAUAUAUGGCCUUCUCAAUGGCCUCUGCUGUAUCUGUAUUUUGUAGGAUAAAACUUAAAAGUUAGUAUAGAGGGUAUGUCAAUAUGAAGGACAGAAGCUGGUUCUACAUGAAAUAAGGGUUUUGGUACUGCAAUUUCAAUUUUUUAGGUUUUCAAAUUUAAGAACAUACAGACUGCAAAAGUGUUAACAUACAGACUGCAAAAGUGUGGUCCUAUGGCCUCGCUGAUGGCAAAUUUGCUUUUGUUAUGAAAAGUAAAUGCCUUCAACCCACAUGAAAUAGGGGGAAAUAUGGAGAAAAGAUGUUUUGAUGGGAAUGAUCAAAUUGUUGGCAUUAGUAGAUUAAAGAAUAAUCUCUUUAAUUAGGCUUUCCGUAAAAUCCAUGUUGAAAGCAUAAGAUCAAGGCUUUCAUAUAUGUAACGUCAAAGGAGGGAGGAGGUCAAGGAAACUUGUAGGAAAAAACGUGAAAGUUGGCAGAGGUGAAAUCUUUUUUAUUAUUUUUUGGUUACAAGGCAGGCCAAAGCCAGAAAAGAAAAAAAGCUAACAAGGCACAUCCCUACUUUGGGCUCUUCCUAGUUCAUCAUCCAGCAGCAAGCUUGAGAGGGAGAUAGGAGCAUACUUGUAGUUAUGAAGCCCCAAGGGUAACUCAUACCCCAAGUUAGCAAGGUGAUCAGCUGCUCUGUUUUGCUCCCUGUAGAUAUGAGAGACAUUGCAUCUCCAAUCACGGUUAAGUAACAACUUGCAGUCUUCAAUCAGACAAAAGAGAGGAUGUGAAUGGUUACAAGCCUUAGCAAUCAGAAAGACAACAGACAAGGAAUCACAUUCAAUAUCAAGGGACCUAAUGCCCUUGGCCCAAGCCAUAUGCAAACCUCUAAAGAGACUCCAUAGCUCAACCUCAUUAAUAUUUCCAAUCCCAAUAUUGGAAGAUGUGUAGAGCUCUAGCUCGGAUGCUUGCACCACCUUCUUCCAGGUUCUUGGUUCUUUUCUCCUUGGCUGUGGAAUGGCUUUUCUCAUUCUCCUUUUGUUGGCUGCUGUCUUUUGGAUGUAUUGGUUGGGUUAAUUCGGGAUCUGUUAGUUAAUCUCGGGUGGGCUAUGUUUUGAGGGAUGUUUGGCUUGGUUUGCUGACCUACGGGUGUU